AUGCCCGGAUAUUCCCCGACUACCUGGAUGAGAGAGUGGCUGAGCACCCUGACCGAGAGGCGAUCGUCUUCUACACAGGACCAGGAAAGAGGGCAGCACUUUCUUACAGACAGGUCUCUUAGAACUGGGUCUGGUGCUGGGAGAUCGUGUCGUUAUCACUGCCCCAAACUGUCUCGAGUACCUGGACGUACUGCUAGGGUGCUCCAGAGUGGGCGUCUGUCUUUCCAUAUAAAGUCUGGCUCGACUCCCGAGGAACUAAUGACCUUGGUGGACAAGUACAAGGUCAAGGUCGUUAUCGUCCAUUCAGGUGGAGACACCAGCUUUGCCACCAGCGUCGUGGGCAAGUGCAAUGACUUCAAUCAUCCCAUGGAGCGUGUGAAAGUAGUAUGUGUUGAUUUCCAUGAGGAUACCUCUUUUUGUACCACGUAUUCCACCAUGCUCCACAAGGACCUGUCAGAGACACAGACUGCCGCCGUCUUCGCCGCCCAACAAAAGGUUCAGAUGGAGGACCCUUUACUUGCCUUGUUAACAUCUGGUAGCACAGGGCCGCCCAAAGCCUGCCUUUUCAAUCACUUCCAGUUCAUCCGAGUGUCCCUAAACAACAUGGCGGCGGGAUCGGUUCCUGACGGGGCUCGCUUUUUCAAUGAUCGUCCGUUUUCCUGGAAGGUGGGCGUGGCUGCCGGGCUGAACUUUAUCCCUGUCCGAGGAAUCACCCUGGUCUCCCAGCCCAGUGCCGUGUCCGUGACUAGAGGUGAUCUUGAAACUUCCUUCCGGAUCAUGCGCACUGAGAGAUGCACGCACGCGGUGAUUAUGCCGUACAUGCUGUAUGACAUCAGCAAGGCAAAGCCGUCCACAGGGCCGGAACUACCGCCAUUGCUGUACGGCCUCACCACCGGGCAGGUUACUCAAACAGAUGUUAUAAAAAGCUGCGUGGAGAAAUACCCGGGUCUAAUUAUUCUAAAUAUUUAUGGAGCAACUGAGAUCGACGGGUGGCCUUCAGAAGAGUACGCGGCAGACAACACAGAGAGUGGCGCCCUCGGGUGGUUUAAAAUCCAGGAGGGGGUCGCGGUCAAGGUUGUCGACGACGAAGGCCGGAUGGUACCCAGGGGGGAGCGAGGGGAGCUUUACGUUCGUGGACCAGCGGUCUUUAAGGGGUAUCUGGAUGACGAAAACCUCACGGCUAACGCUCUCACGCCAUUGAGGUGGUUUAAAACCGGAGACCUUGCCGUUAUGAACGACCUUGACAACAUCCGGAUACUGGGUAGGAAAUCGUUUGCAAUAAAAAGGGCAACCGUGUAUGUGAAUCCGGCGGAUGUGGAGAGCGUUCUCUCAGAGAAUCCUCAAGUUUCUCAGGUGGCAGUUGUUGGGGUCCCUGACCCCAGAUUGCACGAGGAACUCUGCGCGUGUAUUAUUCCUAGCAACGACCCGGAAACGGAAAGUGAAGAGGUCAUACUGAAGGAGAUUCGUGAUUGGUGUAGAAAGCAGUUCCUUCCCGGCCCAGACGGACUUACUCUGGCUCCGUGA